UCCGUUGACAACAGAGAUAAUCACGUAGUCACUGAAAACCAACCUUAAGUUUAAGCAAAACUCAAAUGUUUAUAAACCUCUACUGUGUCUGUGUCGCAACACGUGGUUGGGUAUUGGAAGUCAAAACAAACACCAAGGUCAUCGUUUUACAAUAAUGAUAAAAAAAAGCCAGUAAAAUUCAUUUGUAUAUUUAUACGAAAAUAAUAACUCUGAAGAACUGGAAUUCCCGCAUUAUGUCGCUGAGUCACUUUGAUAGAGCGAUGCUCAAUUGUUCUGUCUUAAUACAUUAAUACUUGCAAAACAAUUCUGAGCUUGGAAUAUUUUUAAUAUAAUUAAAAAUACAGUUAUGUACAAAUUUACUUACGUUUUGUUAUUUUAUUUUGAUUGAUAAAAAUCUAAAAAUAUCAUUGAUUUAAAAGAUGAAUCCCGAAAUUCAAAGCGGAAAACAAUCAGACGGACAAAUGACGUCUGAAUCCCAAAAAUAUCCUGAAUAUAUAACCGGUGAGUCCCAGAUAGAUGACGAUAAAUUAUUACAUUGUUAUAUAUGUAAUGUUAAACAAAUUUGGAAGGAGCACAAGGUCAGCUACCAACAUAAGUCACAACUCCACUAUUUUUUAAAUAAUUUUGAAGAGUCAUCAGCGGGACGUGUCAAAUGCAAGCUAUGUAACAAUGAGAUUUUAAUAAGUUCAUUUAAAAAACACGCUGCUAAAACACAUAAAUUGAUUCCAUGGUACAGACCACCUAAUGAACCAAUUUCGUACUUCAUAAAUUUUGUCAAGCCCACAAAAGAAGUUUAUAACUGCCUCUUAUGCGAUAAAGAACUCAAUAGUUGGUGCAUGGCAUUGAGGCACAUUGAGCUUUCAAAGCAUCGAAUUCGUUUGAAGAACAUUAUUAAAGAAAAUGUCGAUGAAGCACGUUUGAAAAUUAGAUUUUGUAGAGAAGCAAUUGACCAUUACAUUUUUUCCAACGGAGCUUCACGAGCUCGAUGUUUGGCAUGUAAUAUUAUUUUUGAGGAAUACAAUGCUGUUUAUGAACAUUUUACUGAUAAAACUCACAAGAAAAAUUUGAAGAAUAAUAACAUCCAUCCCGUUUUAUCUUUGGAUGAUUCCAUGAGUUUGCUUCUUAAAGAUUUAAAAAUAAGUGAUCCAAAAAACUCUACAAGCGAUGACUCUGCUGGAAUUUCUAAUUCAGAGUCUCGGGUAUCUACAAGCUCAGGUUACGGAUCUACUUUUAGAGACUCAAAACUCAAUGAUAAUCAUUCUGAUAACGAGGACAUUGAAAGUAAUAAAUCUCCAGAAAAAAUUGAAGUUGUCUCUCCUUCUAAUGAGUUGAAAAUUUAUUCCAAAAAACCUGCAAUAAAAGAAGAGGCAGACCUAGCAGACCCAAAACUUAAUGAUAAUAAUUCUGAUAACGAGGACAUUGAAAGUAAUAAAUCUCCAGAGAAAAUUGAAGUUGUCUCUCCUUCUAAUGAGCUGAAAAUUUAUUUCGAAAAACUUGCAAUAAAAGAAGAGGCAGACUUAGCACUCUCUAAUUUAAAAUCUAUAAUCAAUUGGACGAAAUUAGAAAAUUUGAUUCUUCGUUUUUUUGAAAACUACAUUUAUAUUGGUGACGACUUUUAUUAUUGUAAUUUGUGUGUACAAAGCUUCUCAUCUUUAUCGUCUAUAUCGGCGCAUCUUGAUGAAUCGGAUCACAAAUAUUGGUUAUUACAAGAACAAAAAAAAACAUGGUCUAAUGGAUAUAAAGCACCUUAUAUGCCAAUUUUCAUGGAAUUACUCAUAUCUAAUAAUAUUUUUCCUCAUGACUUAACAAAAUUAAAAUGUUUCACUUGCCAGACUGUAAUACCAUAUUAUAAUAGUGCCGAAGAGCAUAUCAACAGUCCAUUACACAGAAACGUUCAUGAACCUAAUGAUAUUUUGAUAGAAGCACCUGUUGAACGUAAGCCACGAUUGUUACCGGAAUCAAAAACUGAUGUAGCUGUUUACUUUAAAAAUUUUAUUGAAAAAGGCCAUACAAACUAUUACUGCCACUUGUGUCAGUCUUCUUUUACAUCAUCAAUUACAGUAAUUACGCAUAUCGAGACAUUGGAACAUUGUAAGCUUUUAUGGAAUGAAAAACCAAAAGUAUUUAAAGAGCCUAAGUAUACGUUAUAUUUCUACGAAUUGUCCAUAAGAAAUAGUAUUUUUGGACUAACUCACAAAAAGGUAAAAUGUUUUGCAUGCAAAAGCGGUAAAAUGCCGAAGAAAGUGGUAGAGAGUCAUAUAAAAACUCCAGGACAUGAAACUGGUAUUAUACUAAAUGGUCCAAGCAGUGACAACCAAAGUCCAAAAACUGCAAUCAAGAAUUCUAAAUCUUCAGCAGAAAAACUAAUUAUUAAAAACGAUCAAUUGAUACCCGAACGUGAUUUGGAAAACCGAUUUUUAAAAUGCUUUGAAAAUUUUAUUCUUGUUAGUAAAAGUAACUAUUUUUGUAAUUUGUGUGAAAAGACAUUUUCUUCUUCGUCUUCAAUGUUCGUACAUAUACUUGAUUCAAGCCAUAUAAAUCUUUUGGAAGAAAGAAGACAGAAGUACGGGAUAAGUGAGCAUAAAUUUUUGCAUAUGCCGAAAUUUUAUGAAUCUCUUGUUCGGAACAAUGUUUUUCAACUUAAUCCACUGACAGUAAUAUGUAUAUCGUGCGGGUGCAGAAUAAGUGGGUACAUUAGUGCUGAAGAACACAUAAAUGGUAAGAAACAUAAAAUUACUCAUAAAUCUAUACUUAAUGAAAUGAAAUCAUCUAUUUCACUUGAAACUGAAGAUGAAUGUACAGACGCGGCGGUUGUAUUACCAGAAACAAAGAAAAAAUUCGCUAAAUAUUAUAAAAAUUCUAUUGAAAAGCGCUCGGAAGAUUACUAUUGCCAUCUUUGUUGUAGUAAUUUAUCAUCUUCUGAAGUAAUGGAGCACAUUAAAAGUCGAAAGCAUUACAAUUUUGCCAUUAAUAAUUGCAAAGAUGCAUAUAAAGUUCGAAAAAAAAUUUUUUACACCGAAUUGUGUGUAAGAAAUGGUAUUUUUUGUCACACUGCUCCUGGAUUGAAAUGUUUUACUUGCGAUAAUUUGGUUGAAAACAAGGAAAACAUAGAAAAGCAUGUAAAGAGUGAGGCGCACAAAAUGAAUCGAGAAUGCAGGCAACAAAACACAAUUCUAUCUCAAUCCAAAACUAGUUCAGUUGAACCGAUCACUGACGUUAAAAUAAAUAAAGCUCUUCCACUUCAAGCACCAAGUUGUAUUUCCAAUGAAAAAAAAAUUGAAAUUAAUCAAAAUAUUAUGCCAAGAGUUAGUGAAAAAAUUGAUGAUACUAUAAAAUUGAUAAAGAUAUGUGAUAUAGAAAAUAAUUAUUUAAUCUUUUAUGAAAAUUUUAUAUUUAUAUGGAACAAUUCUUAUCGCUGUAAUUUGUGUAAAAAAAAUUUCCUGGCAUCUUCGAUUUUGUCACAUAUAAAUGAUUUACAUCAUCAAAAUCUUUUAGAAGAAAAAAGACAAGAAACUGGUAUUAGUAAGCACAAAGUUUUAUACUUACCAAAUUUUUAUGAAUUACUUAUCCGGAAUAAUAUUUUUCAGUUCGAUUCACUUGCAAUUAAAUGUUUAUCAUGUGAGUGUUCUAUUACAGACUGCUCAACUGCUGAAGAUCACAUUGGUAGUGAAUGGCAUAAAAAUAAUAUUAAAUUUAUGGCUGCUAUAAUGGGCGCGUUAAUUCCCAUCGGAAGUAAAGAUAAAAAUUCAGGGCCGCAAAUCUCGUUACCGGAUUCGAAAGAUGAUUUUGCAAAGUAUUUCGGAAAUUUUAUUGAAAAACGUCAAGAAUAUUACUACUGUCAUUUGUGUUAUAUUACUCUGUCAACUUGGCUUGAAGCAUCAGCGCACAUGGAAGUUCCAAAACACCGUAACAUCGCAACGAAUCAGUAUAUCGACACAAAGAUCCAAAGUAAUUUAUAUCACAGUGAAUUAUGUGUAAGAAAUAGUAUUUUUUGUUACAGUUCCACCGAAUUCCAAUGCUUUUCCUGCAAAAAAAAUUUUUUUACAAUGAUUGAAGUAGAACAGCAUGUUGCGAGUAAAAAACACAAAAAAAAUUUUAAAGUUAACUCAAUUAAAAAGACAUCAACAAAAAUUGUUCCAGUGAGUACACAAUAUUCUUUGAACAACAACAAAAAUAUUGAAAUUUAUCAGAGCACUGGAUCUACAGAAGGAAAAAAUAUUAAUAAUCAUCAGUCAAUAUCUAAUUUAAAAUUGGAAGAUCAAUUUUUAAAUUGCUUCAAAAAUUUUAUUUGCAUAUUUGAUAAAUUUUAUUAUUGUUGUCUAUGUAAAAAUGCUUUUCUGUCAUCAGUUCUAAUGUUAUUGCAUAUAAAUGAUCCAAUCCAUAUAAAAAAAAGACAAGAGAACGGUAUUACCGAGCACACAGUUUUGUAUACGCCAAAUUUUUGUGAACUGCUAGUUCGGAAUAAUGUUUUUCAACUCAAUUCACUGACAUUAGAAUGCUUAUCAUGCAAGUGCAGAAUAGUUGGGUACAUUAGUGCUGAAGAACACAUAAAUGGUAAUUGUCAUAAAAAUACUCAUAAAUAUGUACUUGAUGAAAUAAAAUCAGCUAUCUUAGUCGCAAGUGAAGAUAAAAAUGCAGACACGACAAUUGGAUUACCAGAAACGAAAGAAGAUUUUGACCAAUACUUUGAAAAUUUUAUUGAAAAGCGCUCCGAAGAUUAUUACUGUCAUCUGUGUUGUACUAAAUUGUCAUCUUCUAAAGUAAUGGUGCACAUUAAAAUUCCAAAACAUCUUAAUCUUCCCAAGAAUAAUUACAAAGAUAAAAAAACUAAAAAUAAUUUUUUUUACACCGAAUUGUGCGUAAGAAAUGGUAUUUUUAGUUGCACUGACCCUGUAUUGAAAUGUUUUACAUGCGAUAAAUUGGUUGGAGUAAAAAAAAUGAUAGAAGGGCAUGUAGAGAGUGAAGAACAUAAGGCUAAGCAUAAUCCAAUAGCUACUUCUUCCGUAACUAAAACUUCUUCUAGCGAGUUGCCGAUAACUCAAAGUCAGUUUCUUGAAUUAUUUAAGAAUUCAAUCUUUCUUCACAAGAAAAAUUGUUUUUGCAAUUUGUGUGAAAUAUAUCUCCCAAAAUGUGAUGCUAUGGCACACAUAGAUAGUAGGUAUCACAAGAAGAAAAUAGAGCACAAGAAAGAAUUAUUCAUUAAAGUCUGUGAUAAGGUAUCAAAUAAUAAUUUUGAAGAGUUUGUACGAAACAAUGUUUUUCCAUUUGAUAAGUCCACGUUAAAUUGUUACUCAUGCAAUCUCAAAAUUAGUAACUAUCAAACCAUCUUAUAUCAUUUUGGUAAUUAUACGCAUAAAAGUGGUCUUGAUAAAUUAAAAACUAAUUUAAUAGCAGAAGAAAAAUCAGCAGCUGAAGAAUCUCCAAAAAAACAAAGUAAACAUAAAAGUGUUGUUAAUGAAUUGAAAACUACUUCAGUAGCAGAAGAAAAAUCGAGUGCUAAAAAAUCUUCAAAAAAGCAGCAAAAAAGUAAAUAUGAUUCUUCAAACAUUUUAUCAUGCAAUAUUUACAAGUACAAUGAUACAAGAAAUGAAUUUUUCUACUGCUGUGUUUGCAAUCUUAAAAUCAGGUCCCGUAAUAUCUUACACGUCCAUUUAUCCCGCCAUUUUUGGCAGCUAUUUACUGAUGAAGACAUGGAUAAGUUGAUGGCUUCAGCGAAGUUACAGUCUGAAAAAGUUCUAGUUCUUAAGAACGAAAGUGUUGGGCAACCUGUUUUGAACUUUUUGGAUGGCAGAAGACUUGCAGAAAUUAAAGAACAGGCGAAAACUGGUGAUAAGAAAUCCGACAAGGAUGCUUCAUUGAAAAAGAAGAAGAAACGAGAUAAAAAAAAGGAUGAUAAGAAAGAUAAAAAAGGUCCAGGAAGGCGUUUUAGAAAAAUUAAGAUAGAUGAUCUAGAUGUUGAUGAAAAUAACAGCUCUAAUGAACUGGAUAUUUAUGAAAUGAAUGAAGAAAUACGCAAUGUGAUCCAAGUAAGUUUAAACAGAAUUUGUAUCAUGAACAAAGAUGAAAUUUACUGUAUGAUAUGUCGCAAAAAUGUGGAGUAUUCUUCGCGAAUCGUCUAUGAACAUUUUCGAAGCAUUGAACACUCGUACUCUGUGACACAAAUGGUUCAAGAUCACAUGAAAUUUAAAAGUUAUCCAAGGGAGCUGAGUGAUUUUGAAUUGGCCCGUGAGAUGAUGGAGGAUAAAAGCGAUCGACAUGUUUGUUGCUUUGUUUGUAAUCCUGCUAAGCCUGCGACUAUUCCUAACAACGUCGAAUCCUUGAAGUUUCAUAUAAACUCGGAAAGGCAUCAGGAUAAAAAAGAAAAAUUGAGCGAGAAUUUGCAGCAAUUUAUAAGUAAUUUUUUCGCAAGGCUAGAACGCAAUUGGUUUAAUAUUCAGAAAUACUGGUGUGUGAUUUGCAACAGUAAAUUUAAUCUUGAACAUAAAUUUUGUCAUCAUUUCAAAUCAGAGUCUCAUAAUAAAAAGUUGCAGAAUUUUAUUAGAUUUGAAAAUCUUAUUUUCGAUUUUUGUCCUACAUGUGGUAUACUUUAUUAUGGAUUCAAGAAUACUUUUACUUAUCAUUCGGAUUGUCAGUUUCAUAAAUUUUAUCGUGAUAAAAAUUCAUAUUUCAUAUCACAACUUCCGAAACUUACUGAGGAAUUGGUGGUUAACGCGGAAGAAAAAUUGAAAAGUCAAUUAACAAAGUUGGAAAGUAAUGAAGCUACAAGAAAAAAUGAAGAGCAGUUGCUGUUAAAAGAUUUGAAAAUAACAAUUAAUAAUUAUGGAGAUGCUCAAAUGUAUCCAUUUGGUUCUCGAAUCACUGGACUUGCAUCCAUGAGCAGUGAUCUUGAUAUCUUCAUUGAUUGUUAUGACCAUUAUUACGAAGGAACUGAAUUUGAUGAUGUAUUGAAUGUAUUGACAAAAAUUGAAAGUUUAUUGAAGAAGAAAAAAGAAAUCUGGACAAUCAAAAAAACAAUUACUACAUCCAGAAUUCCAAUAAUUAAACUGACUCAUAAUAUUACAAGUAUCGAUUGCGAUUUAUCAUUUACAAACGGUCUAACAACUGAAAACACCAAAUUAGUCAAAUUAUACGUUGACAAGUAUCCGAUGUGCAAAAAACUCAUUUUGUUCAUGAGAUACUGGAUAGAUGCUUGCAACCUUAAUGGUCAAGAUGAAAUUCGCAGCUAUGCCAUUUCUUGGAUGGUAAUUUAUUAUUUGCAAACAAAGUUUAUCUUACCAAGCGUUGCAGAGUUGAUGAAAACUGAAGGAGAGUCACGUAUGGUUGGUGGUUGGGAAACCAAAGUGACCAAAGAUUUUAAGCUACCUGAUAUUAUUGAUUAUAGUUUUAAGGAUCUGUUGUACGGAUUUUUUAUUAUGUGCGCUGGAUUCGAUUACAGAAAUAAUAUUAUCUGCCCGCUUCUGGGUCGACCGGUAAAAAAAAUCGAUUUUCUUGUGCCUAAAAAAAUGACAAAUUUACCUGAAGAAAUGGGGCCUUACAUAAAUUACAUGAAGAAAAAUCGUAAAAAGGUCGACGGUUUCCGAUCCGAUUCGGCAAUGGGCGUUCAAGAUCCUUUCGAUCUCAGCCACAAUUUAACAAAAGCCGUCAAGAAAUUUGUAAUGUAUCGAUUCCGAACUUACUGCGCUAUUAGUGCUAAUAAGUUGAUUGAUAAAUAAUCAAUGGUGGAACUUUUAUUUAAUUUAAGAUUAUUUUUUAACAAAAUUUAAAAUAUUGUUCCGGACAAAUAUCUUAAUAGUCAUAGUUAAAUAUUACACAGUAUUUUAAUGUUACCAAUAAACAGUUGCUAUUUUUGUAUUUUCACAAUAGUAUUUUAUAAUUAAAUGUUUUAAAAAUUAAAAUGAUGGAUUUUGUAUUCUUAUAACUUUUAUGCAUAAGUUGAGUUGUUGUAAAUGGUUGUCUAGUAUCAAAUAUGGAUAAUACAACUCGAUAAAAUGAUAAUGUAUGAAGGUUACAGAUAAAUCCAUUAUAAUUGUUUUUAACUGAAGAUAAAUAAUUUUAAUAUUUGUCUAUGUACUGAUUAAAAAUAAAUUUUUUA